AUGGUCCUUGCAUUAAAACUGCUGCUGUUCACCUUUAUUUGGCCUACUUCUGUUUUAGCCUAUAACAGCGAUCAUCAUAAUCAUUGCUAUAGCCACCAACAUCCUCAAAGGUCAUUCAUGAAAAGACAUAACAGCAAACAACAAUUUAAGGCAAGGAAACUAGACAGCACUAAAGUACCACCUGUGAAAUCAGAACAACUUCUCCAUAUAGAAAACCAUGAUUUUGCCAUGAGACCUGGCUUUGGAGGAUCACCAAUCCCAGUUGGCAUUGAUGUGCAAGUAGAAAGCAUUGACAAAAUUUCAGAAGUUGACAUGGAUUUCACAAUGACUUUGUAUCUCAGGCAUUACUGGAAGGAUGAAAGACUCUCAUUUCCUAGUACCAGAAACAGAAGCAUGACCUUUGAUGGAAGAUUAAUAAAAAAGAUUUGGGUACCUGACACAUUUUUUGUUCAUUCUAAAAGAUCUUUUAUCCAUGACACAACCAUGGAGAAUAUUAUGUUACGUAUCUAUCCAGAUGGCAAUGUGCUCUUCAGUUUACGGAUAACAGUUUCUGCCAUGUGUUUCAUGGACUUCAGUAGAUUCCCACUUGACACUCAGAAUUGUUCUCUAGAGUUGGAAAGCUAUGCUUACAAUGAAGAAGACUUGAUGCUGUACUGGAAACAUGGCAAUGAAUCUUUAAGCUUAGAUGAGUACAUUUCCCUUUCUCAGUUUUUCAUUGAAGAAUUUAGUGCUUCUAGUGGAUUAGCAUUCUACAGCAGUACAGGUUGGUACAAUCGACUUUUUAUAAACUUUGCUCUACGGAGACACAUUUUCUUUUUUGUUUUACAAUCCUAUUUCCCCUCUAUGUUGAUGGUGAUGCUAUCUUGGGUUUCCUUUUGGAUAGACCGAAGAGCUGUUCCUGCAAGAGUAUCACUAGGUAUAACUACUGUGCUGACGAUGUCAACCAUAAUUACCGGAGUUAGUGCCUCAAUGCCCCAGGUGUCUUAUAUAAAAGCUGUGGAUGUAUAUUUAUGGAUCAGCUUCCUUUUCGUCUUCCUAUCUGUUAUUGAAUAUGCAGCUGUAAAUUAUCUCACAACAGUGGAAGAACGAAAACAUCUGAAAAACAGAGGAAAGGUUGCUGGUUUGUAUAACAUUGAUGCAAUGCAAGCCAUGGCCUUUGAUGGGUGCUAUCAUGAUACUGACAUUGAUCUUGCCACCUUGAGUGUUCUUUUAGAAGAGGGAGCAGCACGCGAGCGAGCACGCAGCAUCACCCAUCUGGAUGAAGGUCCCUUAAAAAGAAAAAGAUUUUUGAAAGGAACUGUGGGCAGAAUUAUUUUGCAGAAUAACCACGUCAUUGAUACAUACUCCAGGAUUGUAUUUCCUGCAAUAUAUAUUGUAUUUAAUUUUUUUUACUGGGGUUUAUAUAUAUAA